AGCUGCCAGCCAGCGCAACGACGAGCACGCGACGACGACAACGACAGCGACCGCAUAUAUCCCGUUUGUACUGACUGCUCCUGUAUGCCACCGCCUAUUGUUUUGCCCCAUUUCCAAGCGCAGAGGAGCCUCGGCCCCAUAUUCGUUCGCCGCCACCCAAGGGUCUGAGCUCCCUCCCCACCCGCCCCUCGUCGCCUCCUCCACCGUCUUUCUCGACGCCUCAACCCCAUUUGAGAGCCACAUUUGCCCACCAUGGAGAACAAUCAGCAAGGCGACGUGGACCAGGCCAAGUACCUUGACAAUGCCAUCCGCGCCGUCAAGGACAAGAAGCCGCUCCCUGAGAUUGACUUUACCCUGCACACCAUGGAAGACGGGUCCCAAGUGAGCACCCUCGAGCGAGUCUGCAAAGACGUUCAGGCACCCGCCUUCCAUCCGCCCACGCAAGAUCAGUUUCUCUCGCCACAAGACCCUACGAAGCCAAAUCUCCAGUUUCUGAAGCAACACUUCUACCGCGAGGGUCGCUUGACCGAAGAGCAGGCGCUAUGGAUCAUACGAAAAGGUACCGAGGUGCUGAAGUCGGAACCCAACCUGCUGGAAAUGGACGCGCCCAUAACCGUGUGCGGUGAUGUACACGGGCAGUACUACGACCUCAUGAAGCUCUUCGAAGUGGGCGGCGAUCCCGCCGAAACACGUUACCUGUUCUUGGGCGACUACGUCGAUCGCGGAUACUUCAGUAUAGAGUGUGUUCUGUACCUCUGGUCGUUGAAGAUCUGGUAUCCGAACACGCUUUGGUUGCUCCGAGGAAACCACGAGUGCCGUCAUUUGACCGAUUACUUCACCUUCAAGCUGGAGUGCAAGCACAAGUACUCCGAAGCUGUGUAUGAAGCUUGCAUGGAGUCAUUCUGCGCGUUACCGCUUGCGGCGGUCAUGAAUAAGCAGUUCUUGUGCAUACACGGUGGGCUGAGCCCAGAGCUCCACACACUAGACGAUCUGAAGAGCAUUGACCGAUUCCGCGAGCCCCCAACUCAUGGCCUGAUGUGCGACAUCCUGUGGGCCGAUCCACUCGAAGAGUUUGGGCAGGAGAAGACUAACGAUUUCUUCGUCCAUAACCACGUCCGAGGCUGCUCCUACUUCUUUUCAUACCCCGCUGCAUGCGCCUUCCUGGAGAAGAAUAACUUACUCUCCAUCAUUCGCGCUCACGAAGCGCAAGAUGCAGGCUACCGCAUGUACAGGAAGACGAGAACUACUGGGUUCCCCAGUGUCAUGACAAUCUUCAGCGCACCAAACUACCUGGAUGUGUACAACAACAAGGCUGCAGUCUUGAAGUAUGAGAACAAUGUUAUGAACAUUCGACAAUUCAACUGCACGCCGCACCCGUACUGGCUGCCGAAUUUCAUGGAUGUGUUCACUUGGUCGCUUCCUUUCGUUGGAGAGAAGAUCACGGACAUGCUCAUCGCGAUCCUCAACACCUGCUCCAAAGAGGAAUUGGAGGAGGAGACGCCUAGCUCUCUGGCGUCUGGUCCCUCGUCACCCCCCCUUACCCAGAACAUGGAUCCGGAAUCUACCGAAUUCAAACGCCGGGCGAUCAAGAACAAGAUCUUGGCAAUUGGCAGGCUCUCUCGCGUAUUCCAAGUAUUGCGCGAAGAGUCUGAGCGUGUCACUGAGUUGAAGACAGCGUCGGGUGGUCGUCUUCCUGCAGGUACCCUUAUGCUCGGAGCCGAAGGCAUCAAGCAGGCUAUCCAUAGCUUCGAAGACGCCCGAAAGGUUGAUCUCCAGAACGAGCGAUUGCCCCCAAGCCACGAAGAGGUACGAAAAUCUCAGGAAGCGAGCCGAGAGCAGGCUCUCGAGAAGGCGAGCAAGGAGGCUGAGAACGAUGCUGGACUUGCAACGGUUGCGCGAAGAAUCAGCAUGUCAUCUGGCUCCGGACGCAACAAGCGAACCUAGUGGAGGUGAUUGUUGGUCGUCUGGCAGUUCGAUUUGACGGAUAGCGAUUGGCACUUGUGAUUCUCAUUCAGCUGGCCAUUGCCAGCUUCGUCCAUAUACCAAAGUCGGCGUAUUGCAGGCCGAGGGCGGGACAUAGAGGCAUAGCUAUGAAGCGGAGUAAUGUGCUGGUACUUGGAAUGAUCAGCGUACAUGGAAUGAAUACUCUUACGAACAUGAUCUUGAUGGGGUCUUUACGUGCUGCGCGUGUUGGAGUGAUGUAGAUAACUACCUUCUGGGUCGCAGUGUAGGCGUUACGUAGGCCGACUGUAGACUUAUGUCUGCUACUGUACACUAAAUCUGGAAGAACAUACACACCUGUAGAUGAUGUAUGCGUAGAGUACACGGCAUCAGAUUCACAGUUCCA